AUGUCGUCGGACAGCGUGAGCGAAGCCGGCUCAUAUAGCUCACAGCAGAGCACUGCCGCAACAAACGAGCAGGUCUACGAUUACGACCAAUGCAUAGCGGCUCUGGAGGGAAGGAGCGUUCCAGAUGACCUCACCUCUGCGGCUGCACGGUGUGCCGUAAUUCGAGGGCUGCGCUGCUCCUACGACUUCGCAAUGAACCAAGCCAUUAUAGAUCUGUGUGCUUUGUUUCGCUAUCCCGAGUUCAUCCGGGCACGCAAUGCCCGGCUCAUUAUGAGCAACAUAGUUCCUGUUGGCCUUGAGGCCCCCGAAGCUCAGCCCUACUGUAUCUGGAACCCGGAUUUCGCCAGUGAACAUACCUACCGCCAAGUCGUCCAACAAUAUCCCUCCAUGCGCUAUCAGGUUGGCCGGGCUUGUGCUGCUGCCGGCUAUUUCAACCUUUAUCGGGAGCUUGACCUGCUCCCCGAUGUCUCCAUCGCUGAAGAGGCUCGUGAGGGAAAUACUGAAGGUGGAGAGCAAAUUUAUCAGUUGAUCAUGUCUUCGCCGGUCAGAUAUGCUGUGAUGGAUGAUUUUGCACGCUCAAUCAACUUGGAUAGUCCACCAUGGCCCGCCUUUCUAAAUGGCGAAACCCAUGUUCGGUGGAAGCUACAGUGGCGGUACACGCUCUCAGAAGAUGCUACAGAGGAUUUUGGACCAGAAGAAAUUGAUAUUGAAGAAGAUCGAUACAUGGGCCUCGAGGUUGACGAGCCUGAGGAGUCUCGCUACGAUGAAUUGACCCCGCAAGAGGCGACGCUGCUUUGGGAGCCUCUGCCUCUUGAUAUUCCAACGUUGAAGACAGACCUGCUACGCCAGAUGGCUGCUUUUGAAGGAAGUGUGGACCGAUAUGCCCGACUCAUUAAUCGUCGAUCUCGGAAGGGAAUCAACUCGCUCGAAAUCCUUUGCGUUACCGGAUCACAGAUCGCGAGCGGGUCGAGAUCCAAACAGCCAUUAAUGCACGUCGCAUAA